AUGAUCGAGGGCUCGGUCGAGGAGAAGAUUAUCGAGCGCGCCCAGCGCAAGCUCUACCUCGACGCCGCCGUCAUCCAGCAGGGACGGCUGGCGGACCAGUCCAAGUCGCUCUCCAAGGACGAGAUGCUCUCUAUGAUUCGCUUCGGCGCGGACGCGGUCUUCCACACCAAGGGAGGCGGCGAGCCGACCGACGAGGACAUCGAGGCGCUGCUGCUGCGGGGCGAGGAGCGCACGCGCGCGGACGAGUCCAAGCUCAAGGACCAGGCAAACUCGCUGGCCAACUUCACGCUCGACGGGCAGGAGCGGUCGAUGUACGAGCUGGACGGGCAGGACUGGUCCAAGGGGUCCGAGGCGGCGACGCAAUGGUCUCUCUCGCUGCCGAAGCGGAUCACAAAGCAAAACUACGAUGAGACGGCCCACCAGCAGCGGGCGGGGCUGCGCAUGCCGAAGCAGGUCCAGAUCCACGACUUUCAGUUCUUUGACGCGCGGCGGCUGCACGCGCUCCGCGACCAGGAGGUUGCGCACUGGCAGUGGAAGCAGGACAGGGUGCUCGCGCGGCGCGCCCGCGAGGAGGACGAGGAGGGGGACGACGAGCUGACGCGCAAGGCGUCCGCGGCGGGCGUGCCGCCGCUGAGCGACGCGGAGCUCGACGAGCGCGAGGCGCUGCUGCGCGACGGCUUCUCGAGCUGGUCGCGCAAGGACUUCAACGCGUUCGUCAAGGCGUGCGAGCGGCACGGGCGCGACGACGUCGCGUCGAUCUCGCUUGAGCUCGGCGAUCGGAGCAUCCUGUGUUCGAUCUGCAUUCCUUUCGCGAGCUCUGUCGUCCCUUUGCUGUAG